GAGAGAUGUGAUUUGUGCGUGUAAGACGAGAGAGGAAAGUGAUCAUCGCCUAAUCAAAGCAAAAGUCCGGCCGCCGAGCUAGGGAGCGCACUUAAAUCACGUGGGGCGUGGGUUUGCACGGUAGAAAAAAGUACCAAGUGUCGUCGAAGUGAGUUGUGGCCGUACUUUUGCUUUUCCUCCCCUCCGCCAUGCAUUCCGCGGAGCCGCUGUGUUUUAAUGCUCCUGCGCACCCGAGGAGGAGAGGAAGGAGAGAAGAGUGAGGAAGAAGAGGGAGAAGAAGAAGUGGGAAGGCCUGGACGCCGACCGUCCUUGCUCUGUGGAAGUCGGUCCCCUCUCCCCCCCUGGCCCUGCAUGGACGGGGAUGGGGAGAGCCGGAUGCCGUGGCCGCGGGGCUGAGCGCCUCGCUUCCCCGUCUAUGGUGCGCCGCUUCCGGCCGUUGCUGCUGCUGGUCAUCGCUCUCUGCUGCGGUGCUCACAUAGGUCAGUGCCAGGUGGUCACCACUCAGUGUCGCAUCCAGAAGUGCACCACCGAUUUCGUCGCCCUGACCUCCCACCUGACACCUGCCGUGGAUGCCUUUCACACUGAAUUUUGCAAGGCUUUACGAGCGUACUCGGCCUGCACCCAGAGGACAGCCAAGUCCUGCCGAGGAAACCUGGUCUUCCACUCGGCCGUGCUGGGCAUCUCGGACCUCAUGAGCCAGAGGAACUGCUCCAGGGAUGGGCCCACUUCUUCUACCAACCCCGAGAUCCACCCCGAGCCCUGCAACUACCACAGCCGUACCCAGCACGCCCACACGCACUCCCACGCUCACACACACGCUCACUCUCAGAGCCGUGACCACAGCCACCAUCGGCCCGCGUACCUGUUCUGUGGGCUGUUUGGGGAUCCCCACCUGAGGACAUUUAAAGAUAGCUUCCAGACUUGUAAAGUGGAGGGGGCGUGGCCUCUCAUUGAUAAUGCCUAUCUAUCAGUGCAGGUCACUAACGUACCUAUGGUUCCAGGCUCCAGUGCCACUGCAACCAAUAAGAUUACCAUAAUCUUCAAGCCUUAUGAGGGUUGCACAGAUCAGAGGGUGUACCAGGCGGUCACAGAUAACCUCCCUGCUGCCUUUGAUGAUGGAACGGUGAGCAGCGGAGACCCCAUCCACACCUCUGUUAGUGCAGACGCUGCAUCCGGGAAGGUCCGUGCUCUGUGGAUCUCUGAGCGCAGCCCUGGACGCCACGUGGAGCUGCACGCCGGCUAUAUUGGUGUAACUGUAAUUGUUCGCCAGCUGGGGCGCUACCUGACGCUGGCAGUGCGAAUCCCAGAGGAGCUGGCUCAGGCCUAUGAUGACACCCAGGACCUGCAACUCUGUCUAAAUGGCUGUCCCAGUAGUGAACGCAUUGACCAGGCUGGACACCUUCCCCUGCCGCGCUCUCCUCCCGCGCUCGGCCUGCAGCAGCAGCUGCGUCGGCCCAGCUACUCCUCACAGACACAGGCCUAUCCCCUUGGUUCAUCACACGUUUUUGGCGUGGAGGUUGCGAAGGAGCGUUGCAAGGAGCAGUUGGAGGUGCUGGACAUUUACUUCCACUCAUGUGUGUUUGAUCUCCUGACCACGGGGGAUGCUAAUUUCACAGUGGCGGCGUACAGCGCCCAGAAAGACAUGGAGAGUCUCCAUCCUAAUCAGGAGAGAUGGAGGAUCUAUCCUAGCAGCUCUGCCACCUUUAGCUUGCACUCCGAUUCUCAGCCUACCAGACAGCUUGCUCUACUCCUGCUGUGUGCACUGAUGGCUAUUUAGAUAUAAUAAUGGCAGUCUUUAUCUGUGCCUACAUGUAUGUGGGCUUUUUUUUUUAUGUGUGCACUAGAAAGAGAUGUAAAGGAGUUGUUUGCAGAGCACUGAUACUGAGCACUGAUGCAUCCCUCAUGCAGAGAGGAAACAGCAGGCUGGACAGUUACUGAGAACUGGAAAUGUUUUAGAAUAGAUGAAUACCCCCCUAGUGGACGCAGGGCAGAGUGGCAACACUAACUGCAUUUUACCCGGUAGAGUGAAUCAUAGAAUGCAACCGACAAUGACACAAAUGUUUCUGUGUGGGUGAAUCAGCUGUAAAUAGAUCAUUUUGUCUUGUGUGCACAGUGUAAUGGUGUAGUUUUUUUUUUUUUAUGCCAUUCGAUGUGAUUUUUUUAAAAAGAUACCUCAGACAGAGGAUGUUUGUUUUAACAAAAGCACUUUAUUUAUUAUUAUUAUCAUUACUACUUCUUUUUUUUCCACAAAAUGCCAGUCAGUGUUUCUUCUUUUCACUUGCUGUUCUCCACUAAAACCCACAACUGCUCUUUUUUGUCAAUAUGUGGUUUGGCUUUUGUUCCUUUCACAGUAAAAGUCCUUUGAAUAUUAGGAGGUAGCGUAUUCUUUCAAUGCAUAAUUCUUCCGUUAUCUGAUCUGACUUUACGUUUUGUUUUAAGUCAGUCAACGUGAGCUUUUCUGUUGAAUUUGAAUGUAUCAAGUAUAUUGUUGCAGCAAAUGCCAUCGGUACUACUUUGUUGCUAUAUGAUUUCAGCUAUGUGUGUAUGUGUGAGUUAUUGAAUGUGUCUCUUGUUUUAGCAAGUUGUUGAGUGUGGUUUCAAUUUCAUAUGAAAGAGUGUUCCCACCUUUAUUGCCAAAAUGCUGUGACUAUUACGUUUAUUUUUUUUUUCUUCUUUUUUUUUUUAAACUAACCAUAGUUUUGUUUUUAUAAUUUGGGCCAAAGACAUAUUGUAUGGCUUUUCUGUACAAAGAAAAUCAUAACUGAGCACCAAACCAGCACUCUUCCCUCCUGUUUUUUUUAAACUUGCAACUGUUGACUGCUUUUCUCCUUCAGCCAGAAUUGUAAAAAUGCUUCCUAUUUGGACACAAAUAAGAUGCUGGAGAAAAAAACACAAAGAAUUACUGAGGAAACUUAAUUACCGUGUGUGCUUGAGUGCUGCGUCAUAGGAAUUUGAUGUGCAUUUGAUAUUUAAGACCUUUUCAACAUACAACUCUGUAUAGUUACACCCAAGUGUGAUAGAUCAGCUUGAUCUCAGUUUUUUUGGAUUGCAUCUUUUACAGCUUGUGUGAGUGUUGGUUUGGUGAAGAGUGACUGGUCAGUGUUGACAUACUUAACUUAUUUAUGAACGUAGUGUCCUGUAGAGGAAGGUAAGCCCCAUAUUCUUGUUGUUCAUAAUUUAAGAAAUAGAAAAUAAAAAAAUCUGAUGUGAUUGUACUGCCACCUAGUGGUGCUCUCUUGCUAUGUCAGUGUGUUAAAGGCGCUAAAAAAACAACCCAUAAAACAAACUGUGCCAUUGUUUUAUUUUAAGACAAUAAAGUCAAAACAGACCAUG